AUGGUUCAGGAAUGGUUUGAGGAACCCAACAACGAGUUUCAGGGUGACAACAUGGAAGAACAAGGUGACAGCCGAACAGACCAAACUUCUGCAAAGCAGCAGAUUCCCCCCAUUGUCCAGUUUCUACAGCAGAACUAUACAAAACUCCCUAGGUUUGAACAGUUGUUCUUUGAGUAUGGAUCUUCGCUGGUCAGUACGAAUUCUAUUGUGUGCGGCGUGAUGGCUAACAACUUAUUCCGAGGAGCGCUGAAGAUCAGGAAACGUUACCUGACUUUCUUGCCAGUAACUGUAGUCCCCUUCGUGUUCACUAAUAUCUAUUAUGAGGUGCUCGUAACCCAGCCCCUCAUUCAAGGUUCAUUGAACUGUCCUAUGUGUGCCAUGACGAGGGGCGGCUACGUUGGGGUGUUUAUGGGUGGCGUGGCUCCAAUUCUUCUGGCUGCUUUCCUCAAUUUAAUGGCAAUACCGAUUGAGCUACGGACUCGAAUGAAGAGGACUGUCGUGCGGGAAAUGAUAUCCUUCACCAAGCCGGUGUUCAGCCGACUGAAAUAUUUCCUUCUGUUUGAAGCCGUAGCCAGCGUCUUCGUCACCUCCAGACAAGUCAGCACCAUAGAAAAGCUGCUUCAGAUGCAACCUGUUCCAGAGACGAAGGAGGAGCUUGUGGAAUAA